ACAUUUUUUUAUCCUAACCUAAGUGUGUUCAUAUAACCAAAACAGUACUAAACAAAAUGAGCAAUUAUACAAGUUACAUAAAACUGGGGCAACUCGCAACUGAAUAUUCGAAACGAAUGACGAGACUCAGCAACAGAAUAUUUGGCGAAGUGGCCAGACCAACAAACUCCAAAUCAAUGAAAGUCGUGAAAAUGUUCAGUGAAGAACCAGUUAAUUUGAGACGAGAAGUUUACGCUUAUUAUCCCAGACACAUUGAAACAGGAAAGCUAAUGAUGAAGUUGAGGCAUUAUGGUUUGUACAGAGAUGAACAUGCAGACUUUAAAGAUGAGAUGGCUCGAAUGAGAGAGUUGCGAGGAAAGGCCAAAGCAAAAAGAGUACCAAGUUAUCUCAGGGGACAGAAUUCCCAAUAAAACUUUUCCUGUGUUAUGUAGAUUAAUUCAAUAAAAUGUUGUUUACUUAGAA